GAAUGGUAGGUUAACAAUACGACGGCGCAAUCGAUCGCUAUCUGAUAACGAAGUUUGUAAACAUUUCAAACAAUUACAUUCUAAACCUCAUUUCUGCUAGAGCCUCUGUAGGCUUUUCCCGCAAAAUGAAGCUAAUAAUAUUUUGUUUAUUUUUCUACUUUCAAUCUACUUAUACAGAAUGGGUAGCGGAAUGGAUGACCCCUAUACAAGAUGAGUUUGAUAAUGUUGCUCGAAGGUCCAACGAUGCAAUUGGUUUGAAAAUGUUCAAUGAUGAAGAAUUACGGAUGGUGCCCGUGACAGAUUCAUACGAAGCUCCAACGUCCAAAAACAAUGAUUUUAUCUACAGAGCAGAUGACGAUGCCAUAAAUGCAAGUUUAAGGAAUAAAUUAGAAAAUACGUUGCAAAACGCUAAAAUAUUGGCGAAUACAUUGCAAGAACAAAUAGUAGCUGUUAGUGUUUGGGAAAAUUUGUUAAAAGAAGCUAUAGUUAAUGGCAGGUCCGGUACUACGGCCGUGACGGUGACAACGAUGGGACAAGCGCCGCGUUCCUACACCAUCCGAGACAGUGCAUGGACAUUGUGCGAUGGCAUCAUACAGUAUCCAUCUACAAGUUUCAACGUGUUCAAUGAACUUUUGUCCGUACCGAAGUGCAUUGGACAAGAGAUAUCAUCGAGGCGAGACCCUUGCGUGUUCAGCUCAGUUAUAAAAUACGAAACUGUACCAAUACAGCGACAACUAGAAUACACUGAAGACGAUUACCUAUGCCUCAAAUCCAGCUUCAACACCACGCUUGCGCAAUACAUGAGCGUCACAAGGAAUCUCAUUAACGAAACAUGCAAAAACGGUCUAAUACGCAGUCUCACUGACAACAUAAUGGAAUGUGGUCUAAGAGUGAUGUCUGAAUACACCUUCUACCCUCACCGGGGCUCUACAGCAUCAGGAUUACCCCUCGAAUACUGUACAGAGCGCGACGGCUCCUGCAAACUGAUCAUUGCGUGGCACAUCUCCAAUACAACUGUGGAAAACUUCGAAUUUCUCAAAAACGAGCAAAGCUUUAAAAAGUUUUUCAUUAAACCUAGUACUUAUAUUGAACAUUUUUAAAUAAAAAAAUAAAAAUAUGUAA